AUGAUUGAUACAAGGGACACGUCUAUGCAGUUGAUGGGAGGGUUUGGUGCACCGACCGCAUCAAAACAGAAUAAUAAUAAAAAGAAGAAAGGAAUUAAGCAAGCACCAUUCGAUUUGAGUGCAUCAGUCGUCAGGUUGGAGAAAAAGUACGAUGUUAUGAUGCUAGCUUCCGCCAAGAGACUUGCAAAACAGGACGAAGAUCCUCGCUGGACGAGUGAAACUGAUGCCGAAGACCAGGACACUAUUACAAGCGAGUUUAUGAUUGCUGCACGAAGCAGUUCGAAGAAAGGAAUCGACGACUGGGUUCCAAUUGCUCAGCUUUGUGUUUCCUACCCCGAAAGUAGCUACCAUGACGAGGAGAAUAGCAAGGAUGUUUUGCAAACAGCUGUCUCGUCAUAUUGCCGUGAGAUUUCUCAUGUUGCGGGAAUGGGUGCUCCGCUUUUUUCUUCGGUAGCAAGAAAUGAUAUGCAAUAUAGUGCCGAGCCAAUCGACUCUUUUUUCAAGCAUGUCUACGAGCAGGUGGUGGAAGAGAAUAGUAAAACGAAGGGUAUGUCCAAAUCCGAGGCCCGAAACAUACUUGGACUUGAAGGAGAAGACGGCAACGACAAAUCACAAAUAAAGAAGGCAUAUCGAAAUCUUUCAUUUAAACUUCAUCCAGAUCGACUGGACGAUAAUUCCGACGCAGAAGCAGCAGCUUCUCGCUUUGAGAGUGUUCAGGCGGCCUAUGAAGCACUGAGCUCAGGAGUUCGAGAAAGCGGCAAAUCAUGGUACGAAAGCCUUGGUGGGCGGGCUCGUACUGACUUUUCAAGGAUCGAUUUGCUAUCUUUGUCACAUGCAACAGCAAACAUGGAGAAGAAGCAAAUUAGAGGCGGAAUCAUGGGCCUUGACCCUGACCUCGCCCAAUUGUUUGUGGCACGGCAUUUGAGAUCAGAGUGA